AUGAUUUCCACAUUUCAUAUCCAGAUCAUUGCUAUCCUACUCCGCAUAGGCUUCUUCCUAUUUGGACUUUAUCAGGACAAGUACUUGCCUGUAAAGUAUACAGACAUCGACUACCUUGUUUUUUCAGAUGCUGCCCGUUUUGUCUACGAGGGUCAGUCGCCAUACCUCAGAGAAACAUAUAGAUACACACCACUAUUGUCGUGGUUGUUGGUGCCCAAUAGCUGGGGCGAAUACUGGUACAGUUUCGGAAAGAUUUUGUUUAUGAUCAGCGACUUGGUCACAGGACUCUUCAUCGUCAAACUCUUGCCCAGGAACAUCUCUAAGAACAAAAUGCUCGUUUUGUCUUCCAUCUGGUUAUUGAAUCCAAUGGUAAUAACUAUCAGCACCCGAGGUUCAUCCGAAAGCGUUCUCACCGUGAUGAUAAUGGCCUCUAUCUACUUCUUACUUCGAAGAGAUAGUAUUUUUUUAUCAGCUGUCUGGUUGGGUUUGGCUAUCCAUUUCAAACUAUAUCCCAUCAUCUACUUGCCCAGCAUCUUGCUCUAUUUGUCCAACAAAGGUAAACCUUUGGUGAAUAUUCCAUUGGUAAAGCUUGUCAAUAUGAAGAGCAUCACCUACUUGUUCUUCACCGUAGUCACUGUGGCUGCUCUCAAUGGCCUCUUUUACAUCCACUACGGCUACGAAUUCUUAUAUCACUCCUACUUGUACCACUUCAUUCGUUUGGACCAUAGACACAACUUCUCCGUUUAUAACGUAUGCUUGUACUACAAAUCUGCUCUAGCAGAAAAUGUAAGCAACAUCGAGAGUUUUGCCUUCAUUCCCCAGUUUCUCAUUUCUACCAUUGCCAUACCUCUAGUCUUUGCCAAAAAAGACUUGAUUUCUGGUUUCUUCUUACAAACUCUCGCGUUUGUCACUUUCAACAAGGUGAUGACAUCGCAGUACUUCAUAUGGUACCUCAUAUUCUUACCAUAUUUUUUGUCACGGACCAACUUGGCUUCGAAGAAACAUGCCAGGAAGGGAAUAUUCAUCUUGCUACUCUGGAUUGUAUCGCAGGGUUCAUGGCUCUACUUUGCUUUCCAGUUGGAGUUCUUGGGAAAGAACACUUUCGAUUCUGGAUUGCUUUACUCGUCAAUUUUCUUCUUUCUCAGCAAUUGCUGGAUAAUCAGCCAGUUUGUGGACUCUAUAUGUACAUAG